CCUCUUUGGCGCCGCCGCAGCAGUAGAUCUACGCGUGAGCCGGGUACAUGUCUGUACAGCUAGCUACCAGCUAGCUGGCUAGUACAGUACAACCUUACCCCGCGAAAUUUGAAACCCAUAAACUUCUGUUGGCGUUUGACUUGGAUCUGGGGUUGUUUCUUGGCUUGGCCCGUGCUUCCACGAAAGGUGGUCAAGAAGGCUGAAACCGAAACUGAAGCAGCACCCGAAUGCUGGCUACACACCAAUAAUUAUUAUUUAUCGGUGUUGGAUUUUGGCAUCUUGCCAGCCAAUAGUAGCAGCCUGUAUGUCGCGUAGUGGAGUUAAUUUUGUUGGAGCUUGCAGGUGACGGGAUGGAUAUCGAUUUCGGCUCGUCGUUGGACCUGCAAGAUAGCAGUACUGCUGAUGCUUUGUUUGGAGUUGAUAAGGAAAAUGACCAACCAGACGCAGGUGAAGGUGGUAGCUCGCGGAGAAGCUCCAUCAUUCCCAAUUUUGUGAGCAAUUUGGCUAAACGCGCAACUGACCGGAGAAGUUCGGCGAAAUGCAGCAGCAGAACCUCGGCGGCUGCUGCUUCAUCUCCAAGACGCCUGAAAAGAUCACGCAGGGAAAUGAGCACUACUGAGUCGCUGACGGAUUGUACGUUCACAUCCAUCGAUUCAUCAGAAGCCAAUCAUCGAAAAAGAUCGGCUUUGGAUCGCGUGCAAAGUAUAACAUCACUACCUGGCCGCAAAGUCAAUCAACCAUCCGACAAGUCACCAGCCAAGAAAGCCAGAGUGCCCGUAAAGGGAUACCAGCCCCCGACACCUCAAAAAGCCCGACCUAAAGUCCAACAACUGUGGUCCAAUACCGUCCAAAGUGGUGAUGAUGCGCUUGACGAGGCCUCUGUACUGCGCCAGGAGGCAAUUUACGAAAUGUUCACACAUGCUUCUAGUAUGCUGUCAGAUGCUAAGACUGUACUGGACAACUAUGCCAAGCCCAUGGACAAACUACGCAUUCUCAGUGAGGAGGAGAGUAAGCAGCUCUUUGGUCAGUUGUACAAGUUCCCUGAUGUCCACCAGUGCAUAGUGGACCAGAUGGCUAGGCAGAGAGACACGGCAACGGGAAAGACGGAAUGCAUUGGUAAGACGCUCACGGAGACGUUACCCAGGUUAAAAGUCCUCAUCCCUUUCUGCUCCAAACUGCAGCUUGCGAGAGAUGUGUACGAUGCUAAGCUCCAGGACCAGUCAGUCAAGGACUUCCUGGACCGAUGUCGGACAUGCGCGUUCAGUAACCGGCGCAGUCUGUGGGAUUUGCUCGACUCUCAGCGUAGCAGUUUGAUCAAAUACCCGUUGCUGCUGAAACAGCUGAUAAAAGUGACACCGAAGGACCACAGUGAUCUGGAUGAUCUGCGCGAUGUACUCAAGAUCAUGCAGGACCUAGCAGCUGAGAUGGAUCAGAAGACUGGUGAAGUGAAGUGCCAGCAAGCACUAUCACGCUUACAGUACACAGGCACAACACGCUGUCCAAUCGUCGAUGCUUCUCGCCAGCUGCUCUGCAGCGGUCCUCUGAAGCUUACAGUGCGCAAUAGCAUGGUAGAGGUGUUUCUAUUUGAUCGUGCACUGGUUGUGGCCCGCAAACAGAAUCGCACUGGGCCAGAACCUGGCUAUCAUGUAUUGUACAACCCGAUCUACACAUACAGCAUGCGACUGGAUGAUAACCCCAUCAUCAAGGAGCCCAUCAAUGGAUCGUUCCGCAGCUUGAGGAGCUCGCACCACUCAGAUCCAACGAAUGUGUUUAGAGUCGAGCGGACAUCCACUCCUGGAAUGUUCUUUGCUAAGGACCGCGCAACCGUCACAUUCACUGCUCUGAAUUCGCACGACGCCAAGGCAUGGACGCAGGCUAUUAGCGAGGCUAUCACUGCGUCUUUUGAUCGAAGUGCACCCCCACCCAAACCUGUCACCAGGCCAGAAAGUAAGAAGUUGUGCAAAUCAACGAGCGCUGUGUCACUUCCAACUGUUAUCAACAAAGACGGUUACGAGCCACCAGUCACCAGGAAUCUAAGCCGGCGCUCACUCAAAUGAUACCCGUCCAGGGGCAGUGGCUGCGCGUAGCUGUUUUCCGUCAGCAGGGAUGCUUGCGUAACUGCGCAAGGCUUUGUCGCCCCUACUCUCCCUUUAGAAACCGUCGUGUGCAUACCCGCUAUGACUUCGGUUUGAGGCUUUGCUAGGUCAUGGUGCACUGGCAAAGUCUUUUAAAAGUUCAUGUGUGAACAGAACAUGGAGUCCCUUCCCGCGCAUAGCCGGAGCAGAGACAGACAUCUAGCUUCAGAUACUUGUUCCUUGCUUAGCAAUGUACGAGUCAAGCAUGCCUGUACUACGGUAUAGCCUCCAACUCAACUUCACCAUGACAAUCCAGUUAGUGUACUACUGUCGAAGUGGUCCUUGAGUGUCAUGUUCUCUGCACUUUUACGGUGAUAUCCGCCUGACUGGCGGUUAAUGUAUGUGUGAUGAUGCAAGCUGAUGGGUAGCGUGGGUAUCACCACCACCACCAUCGCCACUGUAACUGCUCUACCAGUGCUUGCAGUACGUCGUCAUUGCUUGGCUUGGGUGUGCUGGACAUGCUUUCAUUUGGCAGCAAUCUCUGUAUGAUCGUGUCGCUCUUUGCAUAGCUUUAUAACACCUGAUCCCCCAUUGUAGUGUGUGUGGAUAUCCCUUGCCCUGCUUCACACCGGUGCACCAACAUGUCAGUGAAUAACAAUCUCUUCGUCAACUUAUCGCCUUCUGUCUACUCCUAUUAGUGUGUGUUGUACAGUGUAGUGGUUUCCUGGUGGGUCGCGUGCCUGCCAGUUUCCCUUGCAUGGCGGUGCGCACUGUGCAUUGUUCACGUGAAGUAAUCCAAUUGUUGACCCAUGAUGCUACUAUAUUCAAUCAUGGACACCACUUCCCCUGAGCAUGAAACUAGCUGGCACACCAUUAUGACUGUCAAUAUUCAUUAUUCGAAUAACAUCACGAGUGAAUUUUUUUAUUCUUGAUCUUCUCGCAUGCUAACAUCAUCGUUGCCCCUGUACAUGUAUUGUUGGUAGACUUACACCGCGGUACCGCUCUGUAGCAUUGCUACGUGCUGGCCUUACACCGCUCUGUAGCAUUGCUACGUGCUGGCCUUACACCGCUCUGUAGCAUUGCUACGUGCUGGCCUGCUCUACUACUAACUUACAAUACUACUACUACAAUUCUUUUUGUAGUACUCUGUGCUGUGCUGUCUGUGUUUGAAUGACCCGGUGGCGUUCAUACUGUCCUUGCCGUUAUUCCAUCACUCAUUUUCCGCCCGUUGAUGUCUGCGCGUGUGUGUGUGUGCGCGCGCGGCCCUAGGAGCAUCUUGACAAAGCAGCAGCUAGCAGUUGUCAGUUCUUUAGUUGUGGAUUCAAUGAUGUGAUACUG